CAUCAAGCCGAUCAUCAAGCCGAUCAUCAAGCCGAUCAUUAAUCCACCAUCAAUCCACCAUCAUGACUGGACGUGAUACCACCCGCGAUCCCUGCCCCUACUCGAUCGUCAGUGACUUUGGCGUCGGAUUCGCCCUCGGCGUCGUCCUGGCCGCUCCCUGGCACGCCUUCAAGGGAUACCGCAACUCACCCCGCGGCGAGCGUUUCUCGGGUGCCCUCACAGCCAUCAAGGCCCAGGUCCCCGUGCGAGGCGGCAACUUUGCGGCCUGGUCUGGCCUGUUCAACGCCUCAGACUGCACGCUGCAGUACAUUCGCGGAAAGGAAGAUCCCUGGAAUGCCAUCAUGGCCGGCGCUGCCACCGGCGGCAUGCUCGCCAUCCGCAGCGGCCCCAAGGCCAUCGCCAUCAGCGCCACAAUGGGCGGCAUUAUCCUGGCUGUCAUGGAAGGCGUCGGCAUCAUGAUGGGCAAGAUGAUGGGCGGCGACGACCAGUACAAGAACGUUGCCCCCAUCGUUCCCACGGACGCCCAGGCCCCUCCUCCCGCCCAGUCGGCACCACAGCAGCCCCAGGCUCCCCAGCCCGAUGCCUUCGCACCCGAUGCCCCCUCUGCCGCCCCGCAGCCGCUACCCAAGAGCCGGUUUGGAUUCGCCUAAGGGCUUUGACUGUCCCCGAGGAUGGCCAGCCAAACACCUCCCCACAUCUUACUCUGCACUUGCUCGGUCGCCUCUCCCUAAUAUGGCCACCAUCGUCCCGCCCCCUCCCUCUCUUCCUCUGGCUGUCGAUAGCCAGCUCUCUCGCGAUGCUUCACUCUCUCUGGCUUACGUGGCCGCCUGGUCUCUGCGACCGCAUCCAUCAUCGCCCUGCAUUUAUCGCCUCACUUUUCUCUUGCUGCGCCCUUGCUCAUCCCAACCCGCAGGUGUGCUCUUUGCAUGGCUCCCGAUCCCGUAUCGCACCACCACUCCUGCUCCGUCCUGCUAUGGCAUGCCAGACCAUGCACUUGAUAUGCCGCACCACAGUGGAUAGAAUUAUAGCACCCCCCCCCGGCUCACCGGACUGUACAGCUCUUCCAAGAAUACCGGAAAUGUUCCAUCCUUUC